AUGUCGGUAGCAAUAGUAACAGGGGCCGCCGGGGGAAUCGGCAGAGCCAUCUCCGUGCAACUGGCAGCUGACGGAUUCAACAUCGCCCUUGCCGACAUGCCCGCGCGGUCUCGCGACCUCGAACAAGUCAAAGCGCAAAUCGAGCAGAAAACAGGCCGUAGAGCCCUGUGCCUCCUCACCGACGUGAGCAACGAGACCGAAGUCAAGGCCAUGGUGGCAUCCACGGUCCGCGAGUUCGGCGAACUGAACGUCCUCGUCGCCAACGCCGGGAUCGUCAAGCCAAACAAGCUCUUUGACCAGACCACCUCGGAGUGGGACAACGUGAUGGCCGUCAACGCGAAGGGUGUGUUCCUAUGCUACCGCGAAGCAGGGCAGCAGAUGAUCAAGCAGGGCAAAGGCGGCAAAAUCAUCGGCGCCUGUUCGAACGCCAGCUAUCGCCCGUCCGUGUCGGGCGUGGCGUACUCGGCGAGCAAAUGGGCUGUCAGGGGCCUUACGCAGGUCGCGGCCCUGGAGCUCGCGCAGCACGGCAUCAAUGUCAACGCGUACUGUCCUGGCCCUGUGGAGACGGAUAUGUGGACCGAGAUCGAUGCCAGCGUCUCUAAGAACACGGGCGUACCGCUGGGGUCGACUUAUGACCACGCAGUGCAGACGCGCAUGGCGCUCAAGCAGAGAUUGACGCCGGAGGAUAUCGCUUUGACGGUCAGUUUCCUGGCCAGUGAAAAAUCGAGGAACAUCACGGGCCAAAGUCUCUUGGUAGACGGCGGGAUGUAUUUCAGUUGA